AUGGUACAUAAUAAUCAAAACAUUGAUAAUACACAAAGGAUGCAUCAUCUGAGGAGUAGCUUGACCGGGCAAGCAGCAUCAGUCAUAUCAUCAAUGUCAUCUGAUGCUCAUAGUUAUAUAGAAGCAUGGAAUCUGAUCAAAGGUCGGUUUGACAACAAACAUCUAGUGUGGCACUUUAUUACCUUUGCAGCUACACUACACACAAAUUGGUUCAACCCACGCUACCGAGCCGAGACGGGGUUUCAUCGAUUCCGCCAGAUCUUUUUAUACUAG